ACUUAACCUAGUUAUCCCGCAACAGCUCCAAGCAGACCUACCCAGUUCCUGAUAAGGACAGAGGGACCUCAACAACUUCUCUGGCUCAGAUUUCUCAAGGGAGGGGUAAAAUGAGUAAGAGGAAGAAGUUUCGACGGACUUCAGAAGGAAUUCAUCCAUCGAAACCCCCAAAGAACCCAAGACUCAAAGACUCUAAUGGGGCCCCCCAGAGUUUCAGCUUGGGCCCCUUGUGUCACCCUGAAGAGUCAAAAGGCAGAUCAGGACCUGCUUCCUCUGCAGAGCAGAGUGGGGAGGAGCCAGGACAGGUGUCCUCCAGCUCUCUGGAUAAGGAAGCAGAAGCUCCCUCCAGGCUCCUCUCGCAACCAGAAAAGGAGCCAAUUCCCUUUCCUCCUUUCCAGAACUCAGUCAGGAGGUUUGUUCCCCAGUUUGCAAAACCCAGGAAGGCAGUGACAAGACUAGCAGCUAUGAGGGAAGAGGACCUUGGGAGUGGGGCCUUUAGCUCGGAGACACCACCAGAAACCAGUGCCCAGCAGGCAGGAAGCCAGUCAUGGGAGGAGUCCCCAGAGCUCACUGUCUGGGAGGCCAGGGAGCCAGGAGACCAGACCCAGGCAGAUGGCACCUGCUCUGAGCACAGCGUCCAAAACCCUGUAACACCUAUGUCCAGCUUGGGGGAUUCUCAGCCUGAGGUCUCCAGUGGUGUUUCUCCAGAAUGGAGGAUGGUGCCCUUGGCCUCAGAGAGCACCAGCCAGAACUAUCUGUUGGAGCAAGGGACCAACUUGCCAGACACUGGAAGCACAGGGAGGGGUGGGAUUCCAGGUGGCCAGAAAGGGCAUCUGCCAAGCAGUGGUGCUGAAGAGAAGGAGCCAGACCAAGGAACCCCACAGGAGGAAGGCGCCCAAUGGGUAGCAGGGGCUGACCAGGAGAAAGGAGACAGCAUCCUGGGCCUGGCCACUCAGGGCUCAGAGCCUAGAUCUGCAGUCCAGGCCCCACCUGACCCCAUGCAGACACUCAGCAGGGUUGGCAGGGAAGCAGAAGGGAGCUGUAGCAGCCCAAGACACUCCUCCUUUAGGACCAGUGUCAUCACAGAUAUGAUCACAGACCUCACCAAGCUAGAACAGAGGGCUCUGGAGGUGGCUGGACCAGAUGGGAAGGCUAACACCGGGGCACCUGCCUCUCCCAGCAGGAAGGUCCCUGAUGGAGUCCUUAACAGGGCCCUGCUCAGGGGCAUGCCUCUCGCUGGGGAGACCACAGGAGGCAGAGGGGAGGCAGGGUGGGAAGCCAUGCCCCCUGGUGAUGUCCCCAGGAGCCCUGCAGUGUCCCUGGUUCUGGCUCAUGGGAUUCAAGAGCCCACAAUAGAUGCUGGAGACUCCAGUCCUGUAGCCUCAGAAAUGGGCCCAGUUGUUGAUCAGACACAGGUACCAGGCCUGGGACAAGAAGGGCUGGGAGGUGUAUGUGUGCUGCCUCUGUUGUCACAGCCCUUGGGUGAAAAGGCAGCUGAACAAGACUUCAGGAAGCUUGAUCUGUCCCUUGGAGCCUCUGUUCUGCCACUGCACAGAGAAGCAGUGGCUGGUCCUCCUCAGGAUGCCAGAGCCCAGCAGGGCAGCGCAGACAUCCCCCUAGGCCCUUCAGGCCAGCCCAAACAUCCUCCUGACCCUACAGACCAGGCCAUGUUGGGGGGGUCCCCAGCCAUGGAACUCUACUUCCUGCCAGACAGCCAGAUACAGGAUGCCCUGGAAGCCCCCAACUUUGAAGCCCCACCUGAGCAGUUGUUUCCUGCGGGGAGCAGGGUGGGCCUUUGCUGGCCUGGCACCAGCGUAGGUAUUGAUGGAAGCCCCCUCACUGAGGCUCAGCCAAGUACCCACAAGGGGAUCAAGCCCUGUGAAGCCACCAGGAUGGAGGAUGCAACAGAUACUGUGCGUGGCCUCAUUAUUGAGCUCUCCAACCUGAACCGGCUGAUCAUGAAUGCCCACCGGGACCUGGAAGCAUUCAAGCGCCUCAACUACCGGAAGGCAAAGCCUACAGGGAAAGCUCCCAUGCCCUACACAUCAAAGGGGGCUGGGACUCUCCCUCGAGGGGAGCAGUCCUGGAGGGAUUUGUAGAUGCUUCCAAAUGGGGAAGCUGGGAGACCAUGUGUGCAGUUCCUACCCCUCCCAUGGAUGUUCAAACCCUGGCCCCUAGAAAUGCCUUAUUUCUUGCCACAAAGCUAGUAACAAUCCCUCUGCAGACGCUGGAAAACCUUCAGUCCCUGAUGUUGCUCCUGGUAUUUUGUUAGCCCCAAGGUCCUGGUGGGCCCCAGAAACUGUCCUUCAGCCAACUUAGAAGUCAGCCUCCCCUGGGAAACCCUGGAGGUCCCACUGGAGUCAGUAGCCUCCCUCUAGAGUCUGUAUGGAGGGGAACCUGCUCCUCCAGAGGCUGAGGCUACAGUGGGAGGUGGAGGCUGGGUGGGGCCCUAGGAGCAGAGCCCAGAGCCACCCAGGUGUUUAUCUGGAUUUGCAAAUUUUGUCUCCUUAGCUGAGGUUAUGGCAGGUUCAGAAUUUGUUUCUUUCCUGGAGGAGAAGGCUCCCUUUGUUGGUUGUAUGUUUUUCUUUCUCUGGAUUUCCAUUUUAUUUAUUUUGUGAAGACUAUUAAUAAAUUAUUCCAUAGCAAG